AUGGCCUACCCGCAGAAUGAUCAUCCCAAUUUAAUGGGUGAAGACAACAUCGAUCUUUUGCAGAUGGGUUUGUUCAAUGAUAACGCUAUCGGCCACCCUUCAAGACCGACUGGAUCUACAGGAAGCGUUCGUCAUUCGUACACACACAUCCGCCCGCCGACUUUACCAAGCCUCGGACCGAUCCCCACAGGACCCCAUCCAGCGGCAACUUCAGGACCCCGAGAACAGAAUAGAUCCACGCCAUACCCCAGACCAGGUUUCCCCGGAGAGUACGUAAAUCCAACUGCGACCCAUGGAGGAACAGAGCGACCUUCUCCCGUUUACGAACAACAACGAAUCCCGCGAGUCUCACAAACAUCACGAAUCUCGAAGCCCCUGCGAACUCCGCGACCUCCGCGAGGUCCGCAAAGAUACACAACAACGUCAAUUCCUCCCCAGCAACAACGCCCGAUACAAGGCCGCUACACAGAUUAUCAAUUCGCUAUCUCUAACCUCCAAAGUUCACCUUCCACCAACCCCCCCACUCCCCAAGCAACCACCCAGACUCCCAGCACCAGUAGACUAAAGCUAGAAGCUGCUGGUCCCGCAGAGACCCACGUACCUAUCAAGCAAGAAGAGGAAGUCAAGGAAAGAGCCCCACGCCGCCCUUACGGCCUUGACCAACUCGAGGCAGCUGUACUACGACUAGAAGCUGAAGAGAAGCAACGCAAAGCAGAGGAAGCGGCGAAGAAGGAGGAAGAGGUGCGAAUCGAGGCAGAGAGGAAGGAGAACGGAUUUCGCUGGCCAGGCGAUACAUCGGACUUCCCAGCAGAGGCGCUCGCGGACUACAAGAUACCCGGCUGCGAAUUACGCGCCAAGGCCGUCUGCAUCGGCCACCCUCGCGAUCCCGAACUUUCACGCCUCCGCGUCAGUGUCUUCGCUAUGCGACCCGAGGGUAGCCGCGACGUCUUAUUCAAGAUAGCUAAAGACGGUUCGUCGAUCGACGAGAUUCACCAAGGCUACCCCAUUAAAUGGGAAGACGUUCGAGUCCAUGCGUACUUCCAAGGUAUGAGCGAGUUUGUAGCUGAUCACUGGAUUCGACACCUUUUAGCUAUGGUCCCGGGCGUCAACGAUUCGAUUAUGAAAUGGACUUAGGGUCUCAUUCGCGGAGACGGCGGAGGAAGACAGGAAUGGUUCUAGUUUGAGAUGGAUUAUACACGUUAUAGCUAGCCGCCAUGGUUAGCUAAAUAAAUGCAUGCAUUUCCUAUUGUGAAUAUCGUCCAUCUGAAUACUUAUUACCUUGAAAUGUGACUCCAGACGACUCAUGACACAAUCCCACCCCCGAAUCAACUCCUGAAUCGUUAUAACACAUAUUCUUAUGCAUCUAUUCGACUACCAAGUAGAUGCGCUUAACCUAGAAGAUUAAGAUCUUUGGAUCUCGACCCUUGCUUCGAUCAUCA